CCAUCGUUGGUUUACGAUGAAGCAGCAUCUUCAGAAUUUAAUGUCUUAAGCAGUGGAUUUGAAACUUCAUUGGUUCUACAAACGAUUUGCAUUAGUUUAGCUGCAAAGGAAUUAUGGCACAGUUUUUAAAUAAUUUCAUUGCAAACUUGUUAAGUGGUGAUGACAAAAUUAAUAUGUUUCUAUUAUCAAAUGUGAUUUUGGACUUUCUUUCAUUUAAAUGAGAUUUGGAAUAACCGCUUUUAUCUUACAUCUUGUCCGUUUCUAAGCAUACCCAAGGAAGAGCAACAAAAAUGGCAGUCUGCGGUAACAUAAAUAAGAGGCUUUUGCCAAUGAAGAUGGUUAUGUUUGGAUGGUUUGGAGCCAGUGCAUGUGCUUUACCAUUUAUGACUGUCCAUAUGAAGGAGCUUGGAUUAACAGUUGAAGAAACAGCAAUUGUUUAUACCUUGUUACCCGUAACUCAGUUUCUUUCUUCACCAAUUGCAGGAUUUAUCGCUGAUAGACUAGGAAAAUACAGGAACGUGCUAUUGCUGUCUAUAAUAAUGACAAUCAUACUAGCUACAUGUCUACUGUACGUUCCUGCUGUAAAUAAAAAUUCACAUCCUAAAAUAUGGACUGUUAAAAUUGUAUGUGAUCACGAGAAUGUAACAGCUGAACGAUGUGAAAAUACUGCAGUUACUAAUGGUAUUGAAAACACGCAUUUAGAACCUUGUCAUUUUAACUGUAGUACUGCAACAAAGCUUAGUAAUAACUCCUGGUCCAUAACAUUUAACGUCACAAACAAAGUCAGUUCAGAAGAAUGUGAGUAUUAUGCAAGUUCAGUAUGUGCUUUGUCUAUCAAACCCAUCUCACCCAACUGCAGUAUUAUAUGCAAUGAGCUAAACACCACAGAAAGCAUGCCAUCUGACAACAUUAGAAAUGGACAGCAUUUAACGUUCUACCUUUAUUCAUUGGUAAGGAUUGUGUACAAUAUCUUCUCUGCCAUUGGAUUUACCCUUGUAAAUUCAUCGGCCUUGGCUCUUACCGAAACCGACACAGAAUUAGGAGAAUACGGAAGACAGAGGUUUUGGGCAAUAUUAGCGAUGGCAAUAUUCUCCCCACUAGCUGGAAUACUGGUAGACGUAAUUAGCACUGGAGAUAGAGUUAUCAACUAUGCUCCCGCAUUCCACACUCAUAAUAUUUUAGCAUUACUGACAGCUGUAGCAGUAUGGUAUUUGGAUUUUGAAAUGGAAGAUGCCCCUCAAAGCUAUAUUGAAACUUUCAAGAAUUUUUGGACAUUGAUAAGAAGUCCUUCCAUAUUUUUCUUGCUAUUAGUGUUAUUCUGGUUAGGAACAAUGUGGGGUUUCCUAGAGUCAUUUUUAUUCUGGUUUAUGCUAGAGCUGGGAAGCCCAACUUACAUGUUAGGCUUAACAAUUACUGUCGGUUCCUUAGUAGGUCUACCGUUUCUUCACUACGCAAGAUUCCUUGUAUCGAAGAUUGGAUACGCGAAUUUAGUGUCUGCGGCAGCUUUUAUGUACAUGAUCCGUUGUGUGGGAUGCUCAUACCUCGUAGAUCCUUGGUGGAUCAUGCCUUUCGAAGCUUUAGAAAUUUUUACGUACCAUCUAAUGUGGGUUGCAGCUGCAACAUACGCAGCUCAUCUGUCAUCACCUGGCCUUUUAGCAACUAUACAAGGAUUUAUUGAUGGCAUACAUUAUGGAGUUGGCCAAGGAUCCGGAAGCAUGAUUGGUGGAAGCCUAAUGAGUGUUUUGGGAUCUCGACAAGCUUUCAGAGUGAUGGGUGGAAUUUCGGGUUUAGUCGCUCUUACGUAUUCUUUUUUACAUUUAGUUUGGCUUAGAAAAGAAAGCGCGCAGCCUCAGUCAAGACGAGCUUCAAUAAAAAGCUUCGGUAGCCACAAAUAUGGUAAGAUUUAGAAUAUAUUUUCGUACUUUCUGUUUUAAAUUAACCGUCAUUCUGAUGUUUAUUCUGAGACAUGGUAUUUAGAAACAAAUACUAUCGAACUGAAAAAAAAAAAAAAAAAAAAAAA